CUUGUGUAUCAGUUGCUUCGCUGCUUCCCACAUUGCUGCCCGGAUCACGUCAAGAGAAGCUACUGUGGCUGUUCCGUUCACGUGCUACUGACGUUCUCGACGGACGUGAGUGCGACGCCGCUGGACAACUUGCUGGUGUGCGCGCGCUUCGAGCCGACGCGUACGACGCCGCUGUGGCCGGCAGGUUUAAUUGAUGUAGCCCGCCAUCUUGGCGCAACAGAAGACGAAGGAAGUACACAGGGGGGCAAGUGCAGGUUCGAUAUCGGCGAGCGGGUGAAGUUGCCGCAGAGCUUGCUAACGACAGCAGAACGCGCCACCGAUAGUGGAGAGGUGUGGGUGCGCGCGGAAAGAGAGAGCUUCGCAAACGAGCAGCUUUUCCCUCAGAAUGUAGCGCUGUACGCCCUGAACAACAGGAUGUCGCCCAAGUGGUUCUACAACUACGACAGCAGCAUUACGCGCGCACAGCGGGAAAUGACACACCACCUCGUUGCGUACGUAUUUCAA